GUCCAUAGGUUAUACCGGGAAGGAACCCCACCACCACACACAUAUUCGAUGGCCAAUGACGAUCCUGGGAAGGGCAUGGACUUCUGGGAGAACCGGUACUACGUCAGCCCGCAUGCCGUCAUUCUGGGGGAUGUCAGCUUCGGCGGUGGUUGUGUAGUUUUGGCGGGCGCGCGGAUCAUCGCCCGUUCGGGCCGUAUCCAAUUCGGUGCGUUCUGCCUCGUAGAAGAAUACGCCGAGGUCGUCUUCGAUCGCGAGGCGGCCGCCCUCAAGGGGCAAAGUCGCCAUGAAGCGAAAGGAGGAGUCGACGCCCCAGAUCCGGCCUCCCGCGGCGUGGGACCGCCCCAACACAAAUCCACCGCGGAAAUGGUGAUUGGGGAUUACAACCACCUGAAGGCCUACGCGGUGCUGCGGAAUGUGGCCCACGUCGGCUCCACGAACUGCCUUGAGAGCUUCUCCAGUGUGGGAUGGGCCGAUCGGGCGCCCUGCCCGCACCAAACCCAAGCGGUGGCGUGGGGAUUGGGCGAUCUUUGUGUGGUGGCCCCAUAUGUAGUGGUUGAUGUCGGUGAAUUUUCGAAACUAAGUGGGAAAGCGGUGGUGGAAUCAUCCACACCGGCAGGCGACUCCGCUCAGUGCGAUGCGCGAUUCGCCGAAGGAAGGAUCGCGCCCUCACGGGUGACCUUUCUACCGCGCACCGCGUUGAUGGAUGAAAUCCGGCAAAACGCAUCCCGCGCGGCGGGGAUGCAAUGCCGCACGAAGGGGUUUAGCGUCGUCCCGCGCUACGGAACGCGAAGCGUCGCGGAGUUGGGGUUUAUCUCGCAGACAAUGAUGAGGUCGCCGCCGCGCGUGGGGGAUGCGAAUGAGGGGGAAUCGCACGAUACGGCCGUGGCGUGUCCACCACAUCCCCAGCUCGCCGCGGAGGCCCAGGCGCGAAGUGAUGGCCCCGAUUCGCAGGGGGAAGGACGCCUCAUCAAAGACGUCCUCGACGGCUACACCGCGGUGUGGGAGCAAGACGAGAUUGAAUCGCUGCGGAAGCUGUGCAAGUAUUACCUCAUUACGUACGGUUGGACGGCGUCCAGCAAACAACGGUGA